UCACGCAUCCUGCGAAAUUCAGCCAUGGCGGACGGCGAGGAAGAGAAGAAGAACGAUCAAGCAAGGAAUACGUUACAGACGACCUACUUCGACGUUGUUGGAAUCUGCUGUUCAUCGGAGGUUCCUCUUGUCGGAGACGUUCUCCGUCCGCUUGACGGCGUCAAGGAAUUCUCCGUCAGUCCCUCGAGGACCGUCAUCGUCGUCCACGACAGUCUCCUGAUUUCUCCGGCUGAAAUCGCCAAGGCUCUGAAUCAAGCAAGACUUGAAGCGACUGUGAGGCCGUACGGCGAGGCAGUCUUCAAGAACCAAUGGCCAAGCCCCUUUGCAGUGGCUUCUGGCUCGUUGCUUGCUCUCUCCUUUCUCAAAUACUUCUACGGCCCGGUAGAAUUGCUAGCUGUGGCGGCAGCAGCAGCCGGAAUUUUCCCCAUAGCGGCCAAAGCUUUGGCUUCACUCAAAAUGUUCCGGCUGGACAUCAAUGCCCUCAUGCUCAUAGCCGUGGUGGCAACGAUGUGUAUGCGGGAAUUCACAGAAGCUGCCACAAUUGUGUUUCUCUUCUCUAUUGCAGAAUGGCUUGAAUCAAGUGCCGCCUGUAAGGCAGGCGCAGCAAUGUCAUCACUGAUGAGCGUAGCGCCACAGAAGGCAGUGAUUGCCGAAACUGGACAAGUAGUUGGAGUUGAUGAAGUUCAGAUAAAUACGGUCGUCGCUGUUAAGGCUGGAGAAAGCGUACCAAUUGAUGGAGUUGUAGUGGACGGAAGCUGUGAUGUGGACGAGAAAACUCGGACGGGUGAGUCGUUCCCAGUGUCCAAACAGAAGGAUUCGACCGUUUGGGCAGGAACCAUCAAUUUGAACGGUUAUAUAAGCGUGAGAACUACUGCUUUAGCCCGGGAUUGUGUAGUUGCAAAGAUGGUAAAACUAGUUGAAGAAGCUCAGAAAAGCCAGACCAGAACUCAGAGAUUUAUCGACAGAUGUUCUCAGUACUACACUCCUGCCGUUGUUGUAAUAUCAGCUUGUUUUGCGAUAAUCCCGACUGUCCUAAGGUUUGAUAACCUGAGCAACUGGUUACACUUAGCACUGGUAGUGUUGGUCAGUGCUUGUAGUUGUCCGUGCGGGCUUAUCCUGUCGACACCCGUUGCUACCUUCUGUGCGCUCACUAAGGCCGCCAUGUCUGGGUUUCUGGUAAAAAAUGGUGACAGCCUCGAAACCUUGUCCAAGAUCAGGGUUGCUGCUUUUGAUAAAACCGGAACCAUAACUAAAGCUGAGUUCCUUGUCACUGAUUUCCGGGUUCUUUCCCAUGAUGUGAGUCAUCAUAACUUGAUCUACUGGAUCGCAAGUAUUGAGGACAAGUCAAGCCACCCGAUGGCUGCAGCCCUUGUUAACUAUGCAAGAUCUGUUUCGGUCCAGCCUAAGCCCGAUAACGUGGAGGGCUUUCAGAACUCUCCAGGGGAAGGAGUUUACGGAAGAAUAGACGGGCAAGAUAUCUAUAUCGGAAACAAAAGGAUUGCUCUCAGAGCUGGAUCCUCGACAGGUCUCAGAAUUUUGUAAAUCAAAUAUUUUUUCGAGUGUUUUUUCUUCGUUUAAGAUAUAUCUUCCUUCUGGAUGCUAUUGCUAUUCAGUUCCGAACCCAGAAGCUGCUAUGAA